GAGACUGCCAAGACAGAGAGCCGGGGUCCAAGGUCCUGCGAGUCCGUUCUCCCCUUGCUAGACCGCGCCGCUGCGCGGUCGGAGUCGACGUUCCAGACUCUCUUCGCCCUCUGCCCCUUGCCCCCCCUUCAGGCUCUCCACACCGGCCCCUGCCUGCCUGUCCCGCCUUGCGCAGCAUGCAGCCCCUGGGCCCGGAGGGUACCCCCGCGCUCCGCCGGCGACCUCUGCUGCAUCUCCUGCUCCUAGUGUUGCUGCUGGUGCUGAUGCCACGGCCCAUAACCCGUGCCCAGACUACACCGGGAACCCCCAGCUCCCGGAUCCCGCCGGCCACCCCCAGCGCCCCAAGUCUGCGGGAGCGCGUGCGGGCCUUGAUGCGGGACUUCCCUCUGGUGGACGGCCACAACGACAUGCCUGUUGUCCUGAGGCAGUUCUACCACAACCGGCUACAGGAUGUCAAUCUGCGCAAUUUCAGCCAUGGCCAGACUAGCCUGGACAGGCUUAGGGCUGGUCUCGUCGGUGCCCAGUUCUGGUCAGCCUACGUCCCAUGCCAGACCCAGGAACGGGAUGCCUUGCGCCUCACCCUGGAGCAAAUUGACCUCAUCCGCCGCAUGUGUGCCUCCUAUUCUGAGUUGGAGCUUGUGACCUCAGUUAAAGCUCUGAACAACACCCGGAAGUUAGCUUGCCUCAUUGGCGUGGAGGGCGGCCACUCGCUGGACAGUAGCCUUUCCGUCUUGCGUACCUUCUAUGUGCUGGGUGUGCGCUACCUGACACUCACUCACACCUGCAACACACCCUGGGCAGAGAGCUCAGCUAAGGGCAUCCAUUCCUUCUACAACAAUGUCAGUGGGUUGACCAGCUUCGGUGAGAAGGUGGUAGUGGAAAUGAACCGCUUGGGCAUGAUGGUAGAUUUGUCCCACGUCUCAGACACUGUGGCUCGGCGAGCCUUGGAAGUGUCACGGGCACCUGUGAUCUUCUCCCACUCUGCUGCCCGAGGUGUGUGCAAGAAUGCCAGGAACGUUCCUGAUGAUAUCUUACAGCUUCUGAAGAAGAAUGGUGGCAUCGUGAUGGUGACUUUGUCAGUAGGAGUGCUGCAAUGCAACCCGUCAGCCAACGUGUCCACUGUGGCAGAUCACUUUGACUACAUCAGGGCAGUCAUUGGAUCCAAGUUCACUGGGAUUGGCGGAGAUUAUGAUGGGGUCGGGCGGUAAGUGCUUCUCUAUGGCUUGUCUGGGGCUAGCUGUGCCACAGUAGGGCCUUGAUAGUCUCUGUGCCCACCACACCAUGGUCCUCAUAGCCUUUAGGCAUGCCUUGAAUCUCCCCACACCCAUCAUCCGUUUCCUUCUGUUUGUCUGUGACUCCUUGGCCCCACUCUGGGUCAUCAUCUGCCCAGUAGGUACACCCACCCUUAGUGCCAGCAGACCCAUUACUUCUUUUUUUAAAGUUUUAUUUAUUUAAGUAAUCUUUACGCCCAACUUGGGGCUUCAGCUCACAAUCCCGAGAUCAAGAGUCACAUGCUUUUCCCACCAAGCCAGCCAGGGUGCCCCUGACCCACUGCUUCUGAGCAGACUCUUAGCAAGGUCUGGUGUGAACUGACCAUUUCCUCUGCCUGCAGCUGGGUCUGUACCUGCAGGACAUCAACCCAGUUCUUAAAAAGCUUUUCUUUUUUUUCUAUAAAUGGAGGAAAACUUUGUAUUCAGUGAAAGUCAUAGGUCUUUUUUUUUUUUCUAAGUAGGCUCCAUGCCCAAUGUGGAACCCAAAAUGGGGCUUGAACUCAUGA